UUGGGGGUUUAAUAUAUUUUCCGGGACAGCAUGACUCUACCCCCACAAAAAAUUUGAUAAUUGACCCGUAACGUUUUGAGACUAAUAUAGUUUGGGGGUUUUGUAGUUGUUUUGUAGGUUUUUGCGGGAUGUUGCAUAUAAAAGAUCCCUUGGCUUCCUCUCUCUAAGACUAUAAGUCAAAAUUAACAUAUGUUUGACAUCCAAUAGCUCCAAUCAAUGUGCUCUAGCGGUGUCGUUAAACAAAAUAAUGUUAUUUGGGGUUUUUGUUGACAGCCGCUGCCAAGAUUGAGGAGAUGAUCGACGAGGCUAAUGCGAAGUCAGAUCACCUGAAGAGAAAAUUCCUACAAAAGAUCAACGAAAACAACGUGACAGGAGAGUUCGUUGCGCUGGACGAAACCAAGGUGGGUCGAGCAGUCUGUGAAUUCGACAACAAAGUGAACGCCAAUUACAUCGUGACUGGAACUCGAGGACUGGGUAAAGUCCGGAGAACGCUCAUCGGCAGCGUCAGCGACUACAUCAUCCACCACUCCCACUCGCCUGUGGUGGUGUGCCGACCACCUGUACACCAUGACGAUAAACAUCAUCACUGACCAUGGCCUUGACAUCAGUCAUCCAUAUCGCCGCCACUGACCUCUGGUGGCUAAUUUUCUUAUUUGUAUAAUCGGACUUUGUACAAUGUUGAAUGUUUCUAUGGCUACCAGCUCUUCUAAUGUGUUUGUGUAUUUUUUCGAAAUAACUAAUUCCAUAAAAUGUACAAAAGCUAAAUUAAGGAUUUUCAGACAAACAAAAAACGAUAGAAUUUUGAAAAUCUUUACAGAAAUUUAAAGUUUAUUCAGGGCCCUAUCGUUCCAGAAUAAAAUACGAAAAAGGCCCUUUUAAUUGAGUAAAGUGUAUCCUUUUUGGUUCAAAUCGAAAAAGACCCUAUGUAAAGCCCAAAACACACAGCAA